UACUAUUUUUCAUCACGGUACAAGUAGUUCGUUUCACAAAUAUUUUUAAAUCAUUUUUACCUGCAUCAGGAAGAAGCACACAACAAGCAAAAGAAGAUAGAGGCGCGAAACGAACCGCUUGUAUUUCAGAAGACUUUUUGGAUUACAGAAAUACAUCUUAGCUCAGUCCAAACAUUAAUUAGUAAGAAUUGCAUCAUGGCCAUCAAUUUAAAGUUCAGUUCGAAGGAUGUUAAAAGCAGCAUGCAAAAGCCAAUCAAGGUACAGUACAUCCCUGCGACGAUCAGUGACGAUGGACCGGCAAAUCUGGAGCAGUUUUUUACACCAUAUACCGAAACACAACCAGAUGGAACUCUCCGUAACGCGCUACGAGGAUAUCCGCUGCAGGGCAAAGUCACAACACUUCCGGAAGGUUACACGGGUGUAAUGCUUCAGGAAACGAAGAAACCACUGUCUGCCGAAGAUGAUCGUACGCUUACAUUUGCGGGUGCUUUUCGAGAAUUCACUUACUGGAACUAUGACCGUAUUCCGUCGAGGAAUGAUCCAUUGGCGAAAGCGCUUACCUGGCUGCCAAUGGCGGAAGUUUUGCAUGGUGAAGCAGAUGAAUUUGAGGUGAAACAGGAACAGACAGGGAAAAUUAAGAAUGGCCACUAAAGUAC